AAGGCCACCGAAAUUAUGUCAAAAGAAAGUGAACAAGAAAAUAGGCCAGAAAACGAACCUGAGGAUGUAAUCUCUGAGGUCGAUAAUGUUGAUAUGCUACUAGAGAAUCUUUCAGUUGAGAAUAAUCCCAAAGUUCAAGAGCUAAUAAGUAAUAUUAAAGAAUAUACAAACCUGAUCGAUCAACCAGUUAUAACAAAGGAUAUAUUAACAGAUGAAGCUGUAGAAGCCUUGGAAAAGGUUAUUAGAUAUCAAGAAAGUCUUGAAGUCAGAAAAGGGUUUAAAGAGAAUGAACUAAUGGCACUGCGAAAAAAACUUAAAGAAUGGUAUUAUGAAAAGGAUAAAAACAAGAAGCAACUUUCAAUUUUAUCUUUCUUUGGUCUUAAUGAUUGA